ACCAACAACAGUCGUUUUUCAAUUCUCCUUCGGUUGGUUUCUCUUGGUCUCGCAGCCGCAACGCAACGUAACUCGAAGUCGACAUAGGAUUAACGGGUUAACAAAAAGAAAAUUCACACAGCCAAACCGUUUAAUUAACAAAUUAAACAAAACAAAAAGAAAGAAAAGGAAAAACAAGAUAACAGAAUUUAUGGACUUUAACUUUAAUAAUUCACGCUGUGCGUAUAAAUAAAUUAUUUAUUAUUAUCAAUGCGUGUUUCACUUAAGUACAUGGUGUAAGUGUAAAGUGUAGGAUUUGUCUCCAACUCCACUCCGACUCCAUCCAUAGAUAAAGAAAAAUCAUAGGGAGUGAGUGAAAAGUUGUUCCCUCUUUUUAAAAAAAAUUCCAAGUGUUGUUGUUUUUGUUGUUGUUGUUGUGGAAUGUUGAGUGAAUAUUUUUGCGGGGUGUAUAGAUAAAUUGGAAAUUAAAUUUUCAGCUGAUUAGAAAUUAGAAAACAGAAAUUGAAAAUUUUGCAUUGGAGCAUCCAGAAAUUCAUCUUCCUACUUCCUUCCGGAUCCACCUGUACAUUUUGUAAAUCGGAAACUGGGGCUACCAGAAGACAAAACCACCAAAACUUACUGAAACAUCUUCUGAAUCCUCAUUGUUCUAAAAUGUUUUGUUCAAACAAUCUACUUCAAAUUUGAGAGGUUGAGGUUAGAAAAACAAACAAAAAUCAAGACAAGUAAUCUUUUUUUUAUUAAGAAAGUGGACAGUGGAACUUUCAAAAAAGAGCAAUCAAACAAUCUAAUCGAUAUUAAUCAAGGAGACACAAAAACCAACCUGCAAUGUCUUCAAGGUCUAAGGAAAAAGUUGCGGCAGCCAUUCGAAAACUUUUCAAAGGAAAUGACAAACAAUCUGAGGGUGCAGAAGGUAAUCAGCCACCUGCUGUCAACGGAGGUCCUUCAGGCUCACCCGGUCGCCGACUAAGAAGAGGUGUUUCACCAGCUUCAAGUAAAUCCACUUUGAAAUUAAAUGAUUCCACAAUUCGAUCGAGACGGCUAAUGAAGGAGUUCAGAGAAAUACAAAGAAUGCAAAACAGUGCAAUGGGUCCCAUAUUUACAGUCGAACUGGUGAACGACAAUCUAUAUGAGUGGUACGCCCGCUUGCAUAUUAUCGACCCGGAUUCACCACUGGCCGAGGACAUGGUCGAGCUAAACAUUCCAUUCAUCCUGUUACAUUUGGUAUUUCCGGAAAACUUCCCUUUCGCUCCACCAUUCAUGAGAGUAGUUGAGCCACGAAUAGAAAAAGGAUUCGUAAUGGAGGGUGGUGCAAUUUGCAUGGAACUAUUGACGCCACGCGGAUGGGCAAGUGCUUAUACCGUCGAAGCAGUACUCAUGCAGUUUGCGGCCAGUUUAGUCAAGGGACAAGGUCGAGUAGCUAGAAAACCAAAAAGUACAAAAGAAUUCAGCAGGAGAUCUGCAGAGGAGGCAUUCAGAUCGUUAGUGAAGACGCAUGAGAAGUACGGAUGGGUAACUCCAGCACUAUCUGAUGGCUAAAACGUGUAUCCAAACAUAAAGUUUUGAAUCUCUCUCAACUCACUCUUUCUAUUCUUGUAAUGAAAUUAGUUUUAUUUUUAUAUAUACAUAAAUUAUGUGCA